AUGCAAAAGUCGCCUCUCUCUGCCCUCGUUGCCAGCUCCAUGCUUCUGACCCUCGGUUUGAGCAGACUCUCCGCGGUUCAGGCGACCGAGUUGACAACCGAGUAUCUGGCUGUCAAUGGUCUGAACUUUACUUGCUCCGUUUUGAAGAAGAAAAAGGAAGAUGAAACAACCCACCAACAUAAGGACGUCAUGCUGUUGCAUGGAUUCCCAUAUUCUCGUGAGUGGUGGUCUCCGCUUCUGAAUCUUUGGGCGAAUACAACAUCCAUUUCGGUCCAUGCUGUGGCCUGUAACAUGCGUGGCUACAGCGCAGGUGCCUCACCGGAUAACAUUGAAGACUACAGCUUUGACAAAUUGGAAGCGGAUGUCUUGGCAUUGACCAAAGCGGCUGGCUUUGAACAAAAAGAUGGCUUCCAUUUGUUGGGACACGACCACGGUGCUGGCCUGGGAUACUACAUUGCCGCCAACAAUCCAACCAAAGUACAAUCCUUUACUUCCUUGUCAGCUCCUCAUCCGAAACUCAUGUCCGAGGCUCUGUGUGGCGACAACACGGACGAAGCACAAGUUUUGGCGUUCACGUAUACAAACCAGUACUCCCUCCCGGACAGCGCCAGUCGGAACAAUGCCAGUUUGACGAGGUUUUACCGCACAUUCGGAUUGAUUGACGAUUCGUUGCAACCCGAACAAUUUCAAAAGAUGCUUUGGUGGUACAAUCGUAGCCAUGAACACUGGUCCGUUCCCCGCGUCGUGUCGGACGAGGAAGUUGUGGAAUACGGAUCACCCUUUUUCCUGACAUCCCAACGCCAGGCCAUUCCUUUGGAGGAACGUCCUUGCAUGCCCGUGGAGGAAAGCGCACAAGUUGGCACUGUGGAGGCCCCCGUUCUCUUUAUUUGCGGAGCCCAGGACCCCUACGUCUUGUGCAACAAUGACUAUGCCGUCAAUGUCCCCGCCAAUCUCAUGCCCAAUUUCGAACACGCCAGCUUUCGGUGCGAGCACAACUUUUUCGAUGAGGGCAAUUGCGACGACAGGGAAGAAAGUCAGGCCGUCAUGGACACCAUCACCGCCUUCGUCCUUGGCAAUGAGGAGGCAAUUUUCCAUGACGAAGAUGAAACCAAUGUUGCCAGUGGUGGUGCCACAACAGUGGCCGUGCCGUUGUUUGCUGCUUUUCUGUCGGGGCUGAUGUCACUGAUAGCCAUGUAG